AUGGGCCGAGGAGAGCUCGUUUCCGGCUUCCCGGUGGAUCUCUCAAACCUUGAGCAGCUCAUCAAACGAGCCAUCCAAAGCACCGGGUGCCACGGCAGAAGCACGAACAGGACGCUCCAGAUGAGAUUGCACGAACAGGAUGCCCCAGAUGAGAUUUUUCAGUUGCGCGUUUUGGCAGGGGUGGUUUUGGCCAAGGCAGGCCAGCGGCCUGGGAAUUCCAGCCUGCACCAGCUGACCCAGCAGCUCUUACAGAACUACUCCAAGGGCGUGAGACCAGUCUGGGACUGGAUGCAACCUACCACCGUGUACCUGGAUCUGCUGGUCAACGCGGUGCUGGACGUGGAUGCCCAGAAUCAGAGAGUAACGACCAGCGUGUUGUAUCUAGAGAUUUGGAAGAACGAGUUUCUUGCCUGGGAUGGCGGCCCGUUUGGAGGGAUUGGGGAGAUCUCCCUGCCUCUGGAUGACCUCUGGGCCCCGGACAUCAUCAUCAACGAAUUGGUGAAGGAGGAACAGUCUUCUGAACUGCCCUAUGUUUAUUUAAAUUCUUCGGGGAUGAUAAGGAGAUCUCUGCCAAUCCAGGUGGUCUCUGCCUGCUAUCUGGAGACCUACGCUUUUCCUUUUGAUAUCCAGAACUGCAGCUUGACUUUCAACAGCGCCCUGCACACUGUGAGCGAUGUGGAUCUCGCCUUGCUGAGGAGUGCGGAGGACAUCGAGAAUGACAAGCAGGUUUUUCUGAACGACAGCGAAUGGGAGCUCCUGGCCGUGCCGGCAGCCUACCGCGUCCUCCACAGCCAGACGGGAGACUUUGCCCAGAUUCAGUUUCACGUGGUGAUCCGGCGCCGCCCACUGCUCUACGUGGUCAGCCUGCUACUCCCCAGCAUCUUCCUGACGGUUAUGGACCUGGGCAGCUUUUACCUGCCUCCACACUGUGGCACCCAGAUCACGUUCAAGACCAGCAUCCUAGUCGGGUACACGGUCUUCAAGGUCAACAUCUCCGAGGAGCUGCCAAAGAGCACAGCCAGCACCCCACUUAUCGGUGUGUUCUUCACCGUCUGUAUGGCCUUCCUGGUCCUCAGCUUGUCCGAGUCCAUCCUGCUAGUCCGGUUCCUGCACAGGGAGAGGAGGGAGGGGCAGGAGCAGCCCCUCUCUUCUCUCCGAAGGAGCCCCGGCUCCGGAAGCUGCAGCCCUGAAGGGAAUGCCCGUCCAGCCGGGAGCCCCCUCGGUGAGGCCGACGGAGCCGCAGGUACGGGAGAAACUCUCAGGCGUCCCCUGGGACGUGGCACAGUGGCAAACCCCAGCUGGACCCAGGGAGACUCAGCUCCUGCCCCCUGGGUGGGAUUCCUGGGGAGGACUCCUAGCUGUGCCAUCACAUCACAGGCUCCCGGCAGGAGGGAGCACGGGGCUGGAGUGGGGGCCAUGGAGGAAGCCCUGGCCCAGCUGCAGUCCAUAGGUCGUCGCAUCCAGGCCCUGGACCGGGACGACCAGCAGGAGACCGAGCGGCUUGGACUCCUGUACCGACUAGAUCGGCUGUUGUUCGGCGGCUACCUCCUGGUGCUCGGGAUGUACGGCUUCACCCUGGGCUUCCUGUGGGUGGCAUGGAGCAGGCCAUAGAGACCCUGCUCUUGGGACCCUGAGAUUGCAGCCCUCCCCUCCCCUGCUGCGGGGGACCGGUGGACCCUGGGGGGUGCCAAGCCAGGGUUAUAUGGGGCCAUUUUAAGCUUGGCCUAAGACCCCCGAUUGAUCAGGAGUGAGCAGGGUCAAUCAAUCCAUCAAUCAUAUUUAUUAAGUGCUUACU